CAGCGCAGAGGACAAACAGGGUCUCAGGCAGAAGAGAGUCUCCAGAAGAGGAGAGUUCAGAUACAGUGAUGCCACCACUCUGUGCUGUUCUUGUGCUUUUCAGCAGUGUCUAUGGUCUGCUUGGAAAUAUAAUUCAGCCUGACGUGCUGGUGAAAGCUAGGAUCGGAGACACUGUGACUCUCCCAUGUUUGUACACUGCACGAGAAGAGCUUGAUGUCGGCUGGUUUAAGCAGCCUCUUGGAUUGAAGCCUCAGCUUAUAGUAAUACAAACUUACUAUCAAUCAGAUCCUGAAUUUUUAAAUGAAUUUAAAAACAGCACACGCCUCAGUGCUAAAGCAGCAAAGGGGAGCUUUAACCUGACUGUGUCAGGAGUAGAGACGUCUGAUUCAGCCACAUACUACUGCAGUAUUACAGAACUCAGAGAGAUCCGCUUUGGAAAUGGAACCACUUUAAUGGUGACGGAUUCAGAGUCACACAGCAGGACAGUAGUACUGCAGCAGCCCGAGUCUGAGUCAGUGCAGCCAGGAGACUCUGUGACUCUGCAGUGUACAGUACACACUGAGACCUGUGCAGGAGAACACAGUGUGUACUGGUUCAGACAGGGCUCAGGAGAGUCCCCUCCAGGAAUCAUUUACACCCAUGGAACCAGGAGUGAUGAGUGCCAGAGGAGCUCUGGGGCUGUGUCUCCCACACAGAGCUGUGUCUACAACUUCCCCAAGAGGAACCUCAGCCUCUCUGAUGCUGGGACUUACUACUGUGCUGUGGCCACCUGUGGGGAGAUCCUGUUUGGGAACGGGACCAAGCUGGACUUUUGCUUACCCCUGGAGGGGAAUGGAAAUCUUCCUCUUUAUUGCUUGGCGGGAGCUUUGACGUUGAGCGUGAUCCUGAAUGUUGUCCUCCCUCUGAAAAUGAGAAAAAACUGUGAGAACUGCAAAGGGUCUGCAUCAAACAGCCAAGUGUCCAGAGAAGACUUGUCGAGCAAACAGAGUCAAGAGGAAGCAAUGAAUUACGCUGCUUUGACUUUCACCACCAAGAAACCCAAAGUGAGGCGGAACAAGAGGGAAAUGGAGAAAGAAACCGUUUACUCAGACAUGAGAUUUAGAGACCGCGAGUGAAGCUUUCCAUAAAAAUUCAUCUUCAUUUCAAGAAGCCAUACCACCACACACUCUGCUCCUGCCAACUGGCUGAAGCUAAGCAAGUGUGGGCAUGGUUAAUACUUGGACGGGAGACCACCAGGAAAUACUGUGUUGCUUAUAGAAGUGGUUUUGGUGGGCCAGCAGGGGGGCAGUCUUCCCUCUGGUCAAAUUAACCCCAAUGCCCCAGUUCAGUGACAGUGACACUGUGCUGUAGAGGAUGCUGCCUUUCGGACAAGACGUUAAAGCGAGGUCCUGACUCACUGUGGUCAUUAAAGAUCCCAUGACACGUAUUGCAAAUAGUAGGGGGUUCCCCGGUGUCCUGGCUAAAAUACCAGAUCUGGCUCUCGCAAAAAACUUGCCUUCUAAUCAUCCCCUGAUUUAAUUGCCUAAAAGAAUGUUCUCUCCCUCCAGUGGAGCUGCUCAGUGGCAACAAUAGAGGAUCGUGGUUGUACUGGGCAGCUCCCAGGUGUGAAUGUGUAUGAGCAGGGUGUGCUGCAAAAGAGCAUCUGUGCUCAACGAACCUGCCCUGGGUAAAUAAAGGUUAAAUAAAAUAAAAAGAAUGAUCACCGUUUAUCAAACAUUUCCUCACCAGAACUGGUAAACAUUAUAAUACGUGGCUGAAAAUGACAGUUACGCUACUUAUCACAGGUACGGGAUUUGCCUUGUUUUAAACUAAGGCCCACUUUGAGUUGUGCUUGUUCUUCAGCUCUGCUGUUCUUCAAAUAAAUUGGGGUGAAUUUCA